CCUCGUGGGCAGGUGCAGACUUGAAACAUAACAAGCAUUGUAAGAAAGUAUUAGUGUUACUGCCAUAGCUAGCUACCUACCUAUAAUAAUUAUUGACAAUAUGCCUGGACAACCCAGCCCCACCAGCUCUACCUCUAGUGGCCUGGACGAGAUGCGCUCCAACAGCAGCAGUGGUGUGGACAGCCUCGGAGGAGAGUCUUGUGAUGACCUGGACACCAUGCAGAUACCUGAUGCAGUGGUGGCAGUCUCGCCAUCCAAACAGAGCCAACGCAGCAAAGUGCAGGAGAGUACAGAUGGACCCACUGAAGUAGAGAAUGCUGGUGAUCCUUUCGAAGAGGGCCCAGCCAUCGAAAUAGAAGAUGACAUUGGUGAAAAGUGGAAUCCAUCUUUGUACAUGCUACAGUCUCAGUGCCCCAAGCCAGUCUCCAUUGCCAGCAACAGAGAGUGGACCAGUGGACCUGCACAAUAUGGACAAGAGUAUCACGGCGUGCUGGACAAGCACAGAGCAGAGGAGUUGCUAGGCAACCAGGACGGAGCGUACCUCGUGAGGGACACACCUAAAGGUGCCACCAUCCUCAGCUUCAUGUUGGACCAAAGAGCCUACAACUUCAGACUGUUCUUUAAAGAUGGUCUCUUCUCUGUGGGAGAUAAGAAAUUUGAGAGCGUGGAUGACCUGGUACAAGAUGGACUCAUCACACUGUACCUGCAGAAGCAUGACGUUGCCAAGGUGAUGGAGGAGGGACGCAACAACACUAUGCUCAAGUCUGAGAAGGCGAGCAGACUGCGACGUCGGCACGGCAAGAGAGUGCGUGGGCUCAAGGGUAAGGCUGCCUGGUCCUACAGUAGGUCCACCAGCACCAGCUCAGUGUGCUCCAUGGACGUGCACCCAGCCUCCUCCAGCAAGGGGAACAGUCCCAGUCCCAAUCUCAGCAGGAGCGCAAGUCCCAAUCCCAUUCUAUACAGUGGUCCGGUUCCGAUACUAGAUGUUAGCAAUUCCAUGCGUCCUAUGUCCAGUCCUGAGAGCAGUCCCAGUCCAGUACGCACUGUCACUGUACGGAACAAGAGUCUGAGUCCUGACAUAUCUACUCUGAUUCUGGAUUUGAGCGAGGGUGGCUCUAGGUCUGCCCCCCAAACACCACUCCUCCCACUGGACCAUCAGCUGGUACUGAUGCCAGCCACACCUCCGGAGGACGCCUCUAGUCUCGACUUCAAGUCCAACACUCAGAGAAGGUCUGCUCCCAGCGUACCUGGUGACACUGCUCAUACUAAACGCACUUUGGGGGUCAGUCAUCACUCCCCCCUCGCUGCUCGUAGGGUUCAAAGUGCAUCGUCCAUACAGCAAGGAGCUCGCACAACAAAGGAGAGACGAACUGCCAUCAUUAAAACACUGAGGUCAGUAGUGCUAGAGGACCAGCGUCAGAGCAAGUCCGCACCAGAGCUCAAGAAGGCAGCCACUCUCGGGGCAACAUACAAUAAGUCAGCAACCUACACGCCGUUCUGUGAGCGCUCCAACUCUUGUACAGCUGCCGUCGCUAACACGCUCGAGCGAGUAGCCGACUAUUCCAUUAAGGGGCCCUCCACACUGUCUCGUUCCUCACUGGCCGCCCUGGCCAAGCACACGAGUGGACCAAGAUCACCAUACUCCAAGACUCAUAACUUCGAGAUGCACACUUUUAAGGCGCCCACCUGGUGUGAGAUCUGCCAUAACUUUCUGUGGGGUUUAACCCAGCAGGGCAUGCAGUGCAAGGACUGUGGCAUGGACGUGCACAAACAGUGUCUCCCUCUGGCCAUUCAGUUGCAGUGCUUCCCCAACAAGGCCUUUGUUAAGAGAGUGUAUGGUGUUGACCUGACCACACUGGUCAAGCUGGAGGGUGGGCUAGUCCCUAAGAUACUGGCACAGUGCAUAGAGGAGCUAGAGUCUCGAGGGCUCACCUCACGAGGUGUCUACAGAGUAUCAGGUCAUAGCAUAGAAAUUCUGGAGCUCAAGGACAAGUUCGAUCAAGGGGAAAAGAUUGACUUCUCCCAGUAUGACGAUGAGAAUAUAAUCACUGGAGUGAUCAAGCUGUACCUCAGAGAACUGCCUAUUCCUCUCAUCACCUUUGAUGCUUACAAGAGCAUCAUUAAAGCCACUGCUGGUGUUAGUGACCCUGACAACGAGGCCACUGACUGGAGGCCAUUGAUCAACGCCCUCCUACACUUGCCCAAGGCACACUACAACACACUCAAACAUCUUGUACGACAUCUCCACAGAGUUGACUCCCAGAGUGAUGAGAACAAGAUGACUGCUCUUAACCUAGCCGUGGUGUUUGCCCCCACUUUAAUGAGGUCUCCAUCGGAGGUAGAGGAUCACUCGCUAUUGAAAGACUUACCGUUGCAAAAAACAUUUGUCGAGUAUUUGAUUUCUUAUCAUGAUACACUAUUCAAGUCAUAGUGCACAUGAAGCCGGACUGUUUGCCUACUGUUGUUGAUUUGUUAUUAUUUAUUGAUUUCCACUACCCAACCCACUUCUUCAAAUUCAUUCUCACCUCUCUGAUUCAAUAACUUCUCAUUUAAAAACCAUA